CGUAGAUGGCGCAAAAACAAAUAUCAGCUGUUUUAUAAUAACCUCAAAAACAAUUAAAAUGAUCCGUUUAAUGUUGCGGCAAUUUAGGAAUAUCUCACAUAAUUAUCCACCCAUUAAACUGCUGCCAUCAUCGCGAUGGAUGCAUACAACCAAUACACUUCUCCAUGGUGAAUAUGAAUGGCAAGACCCCAAAUCAGACGACGAAAUUGUUCGUGUUACGUACAUCGACAAAGAUGGUAAACGCACUGAAGUCAAAGGAAAAGUUGGUGAUAAUGUUCUCUACUUAGCACAUCGUUAUGGAAUCGAAAUGGAAGGCGCUUGUGAAGCAUCAUUGGCCUGCACAACUUGUCAUGUGUAUGUAAUCGGAAAUCAUUUCGAUCAAUUGCCGGAAGCGGACGAAAAAGAAGACGACUUAUUGGAUAUGGCGCCCUUCUUACGAGAAAAUUCACGUCUAGGUUGUCAAAUAGUAUUAACAAAGGAAUUGGAUGGUUUACAAUUGCAGUUGCCCAGCGCAACACGAAAUUUCUAUGUGGAUGGCCACAAACCCAAGCCACAUUGAUCAACUGAUCAAUUGAUGCAUACUAUUCAAAAUGAUGCUAUUUUCCAUGUGAUUACCUGAUAGAUAUAGAGCAUUCACGCGCUGAAUAUCUAAUAUUUAGUUCUUACUUUCACCUAGCAUGUGUAAGACAAAUAAUCGCUGUUAUUCACCUACGAAUAUGAUUAAAAAAAUAAAAUAUGUAAAUAACCAUGAA